UCUCACUUCUCAUUCUCUCUUGCUCCCUCUUUCAGUGUCAUUCUCUAAACCCACACUGCAACAAUGAAGCUUACAAUAAAAACACCACACCCUCUCCCUUCACCCCAAUCCAACACCCUCCUCAAACCUCGCUGCAUAACAACAACCACCCAAACAUCCAAACCAACCAGCAACAAAAACCUACACAUGUCUAAUGAUACACGACAAGCCGCAUUACGUUUAGAGAAAAUGAUAAACUUGGAAGAAGAACAUAAUACUAACAAUUAUUUUCCGUCCAUGCAAUCAUCAAAACUUGGCAAGAGGUGGAAGGAGUACCAUGGCAUGAGCAAUUGGGAAGGCUUGCUAGACCCAUUAGACGACAACUUACGUGCUGAAAUACUAAGGUACGGUCAUUUCGUGGAAACCGCGUACAAAUCAUUCGAGUUUGACCCCUCCUCACCCAACUUUGCAAACUCGAGGUUCCCCAAAAAAGCUCUUUUAGAACGUUGUGGUUUACCUAAAACGCGGUACAAGGUGACCAAAUACCUACGUGCAACCUCGGGUAUUCAGCUACCUAGUUGGGUGGACAAAGUACCAAGAUGGGUGGCAAAACAAACGAGCUAUGUUGGAUACGUAGCGGUGUGUCAUGACAAGGAAGAAAUCAAAAGGCUUGGUCGGCGCGAUGUUGUGGUGGCAUAUAGAGGAACCACCACAUGCUUGGAAUGGUUGGAGAAUUUUCGUGCAUCUCUCACCAACCUCCCUAUUCCAUGCAGCAGCAAAAGGGCAUUUGAAAAAAAUGGGGUCAUGGACGGAAGUGGGGCCAUGGUGGAAAGCGGGUUCUUGAGUCUCUACACCUCCUCACUUCCUGCAAAGGUGUCUUUGCAGGAAAUGGUGAGGCGAGAGAUCUCAAGGAUCCUCGACACCUACCGCGGGGAACAACUCAGUCUCACCGUCACCGGCCACAGUCUGGGGGCGGCAUUGGCCACGCUCACGGCGUAUGACGUCAAAACCGCCUUCCCAGAAUUGCCGGUGACAGUCAUCUCCUUUGGUGGGCCCCGCGUUGGGGACCGGAGGUUCCGACGGCAGCUUGAGAGGCAAGGGACCAAGGUUUUGCGCAUAGUGAACUCCGACGAUGUCAUCACCAAGCUUCCAGGGUUUGUGUUUGAUGAUGACGUGGCUAGCGCUGGAGGGGUACACGUGGCAGGAUUUCCGAGCUGGAUACAGAAGAGGGUGGAGGAGGCACAGUUAGUGUACGCGGAGGUUGGGAAGGAACUACGGUUAUGUAGCAGGGAUUCUCCGUACCUUGGAAACACGAAUGUUGCCACGUGUCACGAGCUGAACACGUAUCUGCACCUCGUUGAUGGCUUCGUCAGCUCCACGUGUCCCUUCAGAGCCUCCGCGAAGAGGUUCCUCCAGCGUUGACAGCCACCGU